AUGGCCAGCGAGAAGCCUCAGUGUGGCAGUGAUGUCAAUACCGAGGCCGAGUACGACCUGCCACUUCAUGUGGUGGGCUUUCCUAAUCCUGGCAUCCUCACUGCUAGGUAUGAUGCUCUGCAAAUGAUGCCCAAAGAUCGCUUCAAGGCUUUGAAAAUCCCACCCUCCAUCUUCUUCGCCUGCAAACAUUUCGGAACCGGCGUCCUCAUUGCCACUGCUUUUGUUCACCUGCUGCCGACUGCCUUUGGCAACCUGAUGAACCCAUGCCUUCCCGACCUCUUCACGGAAAAGUACCCGCCCAUGCCCGGUGUCAUCAUGAUGGCUUCCAUGUUCGUCCUCUUCGUCAUUGAGAUGUACCUCAAUGCAAAGACGGGCGGCCACUCCCACGGCGGUCCCACCGGGGAAGAGCUCACGCACCCCAGCCACCUCCAGCACCAUCUUGAACGCCCCGACUCGAGCGCCGACGCUGAGAAGAAGACGGAGACGACUGUGAUUAUCGGCGGAAUCACCGAGCACGAAAGUGGCUGCAGCAGCCCGACGGAAUACCGAGGCGACUCAUCCUCGACCCUCAACAUGGCCCCUUCCCGCCUGCCUCUGGGCCAGAGCAAGAAGAACGCUGCGACCGAGGUGCGCUAUUUCGAUGAGGCGGGCAUGGAGGUUGACCCUCAGGUAUACCGCAAGAUGUCUGCCAACAUCACCUUGCUCGAGGGUGGUAUUCUCUUCCAUUCCGUUUUCGUUGGCAUGACCCUCUCCAUUACUGUCGAUGGCUUUGUCAUCCUCCUGAUUGCCUUUGUUUUCCACCAAGCCUUUGAAGGCCUCGGUCUCGGCUCGCGUAUCGCCGCCGUGCCGUACCCGCAAGGCAGCAUCCGUCCCUGGCUCCUGGUUGUCGCCUUUGGUGUCACGGCGCCCCUCGGCCAGGCCAUCGGUCUCGGUGCCCGCAACACGUACGAUCCCAACAGUGCGUUCGGUCUCAUCAUCGUCGGUAUCUUCAACGCCAUUUCUUCCGGCCUCCUCAUCUACGCUGCCCUGGUCGAUCUGCUGGCCCAAGAUUUCCUCUCUGAGGAGGCUGACAGACUCAUGGGCGCCAAGAAGAAGGGUGCAGCAUUUGCAUUUGUCCUGAUAGGAGCUGCUGCCAUGUCCAUCAUCGGCGCAUUUGCGUAA